ACGUGAAAUGCGGACCACACGCCACCUGCAGACCUGACGGCCAUGAGGCGUAUUGCGUGUGCGAAGACGGAUGGACUUUCAACCCCAGCGACGUGUCAGCCGGCUGCAUAGACAUCGACGAGUGCGACCCCGUGAACGGCCCCUCGGGCCGCUGCGGCCUCAACGCGCUCUGCACCAACAGCCCGGGCAGCUUCUCCUGCCAGUGUCUGCCCGGCUUCUCCGGCAACCCGCAGACCCACUGCCU